AAACCAGGCAUCGAGUUGGACAGCUUUGUCUGAGAACGUCUCGCGAGGCGGAAGGGCGAAGGACCCCCGCGCUCGCGCCGAAAUUCAAGCGAGGGGAGGAAGAAACCGCCGUCGCCUCAGGUUAAACAGUAGGUUUGCUUGGAAUAUCCAGGGAGAGGAAUCAAAAUGUACAUAAAAUCAAUUGUGCUUGAAGGGUUUAAGUCUUACGCUCAACGGACUGAAGUGAAUGACUUUGACCCAUUGUUCAAUGCUAUUACUGGCUUAAAUGGAAGUGGCAAAUCAAACAUCCUGGACUCAAUCUGUUUCUUAUUGGGCAUUACCAAUCUAUCACAGGUGCGAGCUUCUAACUUGCAAGAUCUGGUUUACAAAAAUGGCCAAGCUGGGAUUACCAAGGCUACAGUAUCAAUCACUUUUGAUAAUUUUGACAAGAAGCAGAGUCCAUUCGGGUUUGAGAGUCAUGAUGAGAUUACAGUAACAAGGCAGGUGGUGAUAGGAGGCAGAAAUAAAUAUUUAAUCAAUGGGGUGAAUGCAAAUAAUACUCGAGUACAAGAUCUCUUCUGCUCUGUUGGACUGAAUGUCAAUAAUCCUCACUUUCUUAUUAUGCAGGGACGGAUUACCAAAGUUCUCAAUAUGAAGCCUCCAGAGAUUUUGGCUAUGAUUGAAGAAGCAGCUGGCACUAGGAUGUAUGAAUGCAAGAAAAUAGCUGCCCAGAAAACCAUUGAGAAAAAAGAGGCAAAACUUAAAGAAAUUUGCACGAUUUUGGAGGAAGAAAUCACACCCACCUUGCAGAAACUGAAAGAGGAACGAUCCUCUUACUUGGAAUACCAAAAGGUCAUGAGAGAGAUUGAACACUUGAGUCAUCUGUAUGUUGCAUAUCAGUUUGUGUUGGCUGAAGAAAUCAAGGCACGUGCUGGUGAUGUGCUAAAGGAAAUGGAAGGGAAUAUUGCAAAAGUCCAGAAAGAGAUGGUUGAGAAUGAGAAGAAAGUGAAGGAACUUGGCACAGAAAUAGCCGAAAUGGAAAAGAAAAGGGAUAAAGAAUUUAGUGGCGUUCUUCAUUCACUAGAAGAAGCUCUUGCAGAAGUUCAGAGAGCAGAAACUAAAACGCAAAGCACACUUGACAUCAUAAAGCAAAACUUGCAAAGUGAAGAAAAAAAGCAUAAAGAGCUGGUUAAAUGCAUGGAAGAGGACUCUAAAGCUUUAGUCUCGAAGGAAAAAGAGGUAAAUAAGAUUACGGAUGCACUGAGUGCUCUACAGGAGGCAAAUAAUAAAGAGAUGGAGGCUUUGACUGCAGCACAGCAGCAUUUCAAUGCUGUAUCUGCUGGUCUGUCCAGCAAUGAAGAUGGGGAAGAUGCUACUUUUGCUGGACAGAUAAUGGCUUGCAAAAACGAUAUGAGCAAAGCAGAAACAGAAGCAAAACGAGCUCAGAUGAAGCUGAAACAUGCUCAAGAAGAGCUAAAGACCAAACAAGCUGAAGUGAAAAAAAUGGAUGCUGGCUACAAGAAAGAUCAAGACACCUUAGAAGCUGUCAAAAGGCAGAAAGAGAAACUAGAAAAUGAAAUGAAGAAACUCAACUAUGAAGAGAAAAAAGAAGAGAACCUCUUGGAAAAACAAAGGGAGUUGUCCCGCGUGGUUAACCGCUUGAGAGAGUCCUAUGAAACGUUAAUGAGCAGGUUCCCCAACCUACGCUUUGAGUACAGAGAUCCAGAAAAGAACUGGAACCAAGAUCAUGUGAAAGGCCUUGUUGCGUCCCUGAUUACGGUGAAAGAUAUCUCUACAGCAACAGCACUAGAAGUAGUUGCUGGGGGUCGACUCUACAACGUUGUGGUGGACACCGAGCUUACUGGGAAAAAAUUGCUAGAAAAGGGUGAACUGAAGCGUCGCUAUACCAUUAUUCCACUGAACAAAAUUUCUGCGAAGUGUGUUGGGAAAGAAGCUAUCAGAGUGGCUAAAACCUUGGUUGGUGAAGACAGUGUCCAUCUGGCCCUUAGUCUGGUGGGGUAUGAAUCUGAAAUUCAAAAGGCAAUGGAAUAUGUUUUUGGAGGUACGCUGGUUUGCGAUAACAUGGAGAAGGCCAAGAGAGUUACCUUUGACAAAAGGAUAAUGACAAAAACGGUCACCCUUGAUGGAGAUACCUUUGAUCCCCAAGGCACUCUGAGUGGAGGCGCACGACCACAAUCUGCUUCGGUUUUGUCCAAGCUUCAAGAAGUUAAAGAUGUGCAACAGGAAUUGAAAGCAAAGGAGGCUGAACUGGAGUCAAUAGGAAAGGAAUUAGGAAGUCUGCAGGGGACUGCUGAAAAGUAUCGUCAGCUGAAGCAGCAAUGGGAGAUCAAAUCUGAAGAAGCAGAACUAUUGCAAACCAAGUUGCAGCAAAGUUCCUAUUACAAACAGCAGGAAGAAUUGAAUACAUUGAAAAAUACAAUUGAGGAAAGUGAGGAGACUUUGAAGAAAACAAAAGAGGUUCAGAAAAAAGCAGAGGAAAAGCUCAAAGUGCUGGAAAACAAAAUGAAAAAUGCUGGAGCAGAAAGGGAAAAAGAGUUGAAAAAUGCCCAGCACAAGCUUGAUGGAGCAAAAAAAAAAGCUGAUGCUUCCAGCAAAAAGAUGAAAGAAAAGGAGCAGGAAGCUGAAGCUCUAGCAUUGGAACUUGAAGAGCUAAAACGGGAACAAAACUCUUAUAAGCAACAGCUUGAGGCGGUGAAUGAAGCUAUGAAAUUGUUCCAAGAGAAGGCUGAGGUCACUUCAGCCGAGGUAGCAAAAAACAAGGAAUCCGUAAAGAAUGCUCAAGAGGAACUGGCUAAGCAGAAAGCUGUGGUGAUGGCCCAGGACAAAGAAAUCAAAGCCAAAUCUACAGAGGCUGUGAAAUAUAAAGAACAAAAUAACAAGGCGCAGCUUACGAUCAAGGAGCUGGAACACAGUAUCAGCAAACACAAGCAGGAGGCUUCCGAUGCUUCUGCAAAGGUUGCCAAAAUGCUGAAUGACUAUGAAUGGAUAGCUUCAGAGAAAAACCUUUUUGGCCAGCCAAACACAGCUUAUGAUUUCAAAACUAACAAUCCAAAAGAAGCUGGCCAGAGACUUCAGAAAUUGCAGGAAAAGAAAGAGAAGUUGGGCAGGAAUGUCAACAUGAGAGCUAUGAACAUGCUUACAGAGGCAGAAGAAAGAUACAAUGACUUGAUGAAGAAGAAAAGAAUUGUUGAGAAUGACAAGUCUAAAAUUCUUGCGACAAUUGUAGAACUUGACCAAAAGAAAAAUGAAGCUUUAAAUGUUGCCUGGCAGAAGGUAAACAAAGACUUUGGCUCCAUUUUCUCGACACUUUUGCCUGGGUCCAAUGCUAUGCUGUCUCCUCCUGAGGGCCAAACUGUUCUAGAUGGUCUCGAGUUCAAAGUUGCUUUGGGGAACACCUGGAAGGAAAAUUUAACUGAAUUAAGUGGGGGCCAAAGGUCUCUUGUGGCUUUAUCUUUGAUAUUAGCCAUGCUUCUCUUCAAGCCAGCUCCAAUUUACAUCUUGGAUGAAGUAGAUGCAGCCCUUGAUCUGUCACACACCCAGAAUAUUGGACAGAUGCUUCGAACCCACUUCAGGCAUUCCCAAUUCAUUGUGGUAUCGCUGAAGGAUGGUAUGUUCAACAAUGCAAAUGUGCUCUACAAGACAAAGUUUGUGGACGGCAUUUCCACUGUGGCACGAUAUACUCAGGCUCUGCAUAACGGCACAGCACAGCCAAGAGGGGAAAAGUCAAAAACGAAGCGUCAGAGAGCAGAGGCAGCUGUCUGACAACAUCUAUUGCACCCAUUUGAAACUAUAUAUGAUUAUAUUAUACAAACCUGUCUUGUACCUUAGUAGUGAUGAUAUUUCAUAUUUUUUGGAUGGAAUUCAAGCUACUUUUUGCAGCUGUUAAACUGCUGGCUUUGGCUCAGUUUUAUGUUUAUAUUUCUGAACUAUCAUGGCAGUUCAUCUGUUUGAGGCAGCUUUAAAUGGUAGUAAAAUCUAGUCAUGCAUCAUUAUUUUGCAUUUAAAUUCAAAAAUUUGUUAAUAUUUAUUACUUCUGUUCUCUUGUUGCCGGCUAGUAUAUAUACCUUUUAAGCAUUGAGUAUGUAAUUUGUUUGCACUUCACAUAAAGUAAACUGUGCAUUGAAACUGAACUUACCUGUCUCGGUUUGAUGAUCAAAUUAUUCAACAGAGCAGGGGGAAGCCAACAUGGUGCACUUCAGAGG